AACUCCUUUAAAAAAAAAAAAAAAAAAAAAAAAGAACAGUUUUGAAAAACACACCCGUUAACCCUCAGGCGCCAGCUUUUUUUCGUCUAACGGUCCUCCAUGAGAUUCUUCAGGCUUACCUUCAAGUGCUUCGUCGACUGCUUCUGAGUCUCCUGCGUCCCACGGCGCCUACUGACAUUUUAAAAAAUAAUAAUAAUCAUCUCUUGGCUGUGCUGAGGCGUUCCAACGUGUGGGGAGAAGAAAACCAAAACAAAAAAACAACAAAUAUAUUAUUCUUAAUUGUAUCUUUUGUAUUUCCAAGAGGCGAAAUAAACUGAGAAAAUCGGAAAAGACAACUGGGGCACACUGCAUGGUGCUAAAUAUAUAUCUGCCUUUCUUGGCACGUUUACCCUCCCUCGUCUAAAAACCAACAGCCAGCUCGCUCUUUUUUUUUUUUUUUUUUUUUUUUUGCCAAUUUAAAUUCAAUUCGCCUUUUUUUUUUUUCUUUUUUUUUACCCCCGGCGCAGUUAAACAACAUGUCACCCGAGUUGGGAGAAACUAGUCGAGGUGAAAUCAGCCUCCCCCAGUUGGAAGCAGGAGACCUGUCUGAAGGGGAGGGGGGCGGAUCAGCUCACCCCCUGGUGCCCGCUCCCGCGCUCGGAGCGGGUCCAGGGUGCGGCGAGGGCGGCGGAGCUGGUCCGCCGCAGAGUCAGGACGGAGAUGCGGCUGGGACCGGGAAUGUGGGGGCCGUUGCAGGACCGGCGGCGGAGAGAGAAACCUGGACCAGACAGAUGGACUUCAUCAUGUCUUGCGUGGGUUUUGCUGUGGGCUUGGGCAACGUGUGGCGCUUCCCUUACCUUUGCUACAAGAACGGAGGAGGUGUGUUCCUCAUCCCGUACUUGCUGAUCGUGUUCAUCGGGGGCAUCCCCGUCUUCUUCCUGGAAAUCGCUUUGGGACAGUUCAUGAAGCAGGGAGGCGUUUCCGCCUGGAACAUCGCACCUCUUUUCAAAGGUUUGGGCUUGGCCUCAAUGGUGAUUGUGUUCUUCUGUAACACCUACUACAUCAUGAUUCUGGUCUGGGGUCUCUACUUUUUCUUCCACUCUUUUACCAACCCGCUUCCGUGGGCCACCUGCGGACACCCUUGGAACACUCCCAACUGUACGGAGGACUUCCGCAGCACCUGCCACAACCACAGCGCUGCCCAGCUAUCAUCCGCUGCUCCGGCCAGCAAGCCCUUCUCUUCUGGGCCGCCACUGAACGCGUCCUCAACCAAGUUACUCCUUAAUGUCAGCUGCGUGGAGACGGAAGACAUGCGCUCCCCAGUCAUCGAGUUCUGGGAACGCAAAGUUCUCCGUCUGUCUGGUGGGAUUAAUGAACCUGGUGACAUCAGCUAUGAGAUGGUGCUGUGUCUCCUCGCCACCUGGGUCAUUGUUUACUUCUGCAUGUGGAAGGGAGUUAAAUCUACAGGCAAGAUUGUAUACUUCACAGCACUGUUCCCGUACGUGGUUCUGGUAGUUCUUUUGGCCCAUGGUGUCAACCUACCUGGAGCAUUAGAUGGGAUUAUAUACUACUUGAAACCAGAUUGGUCCAAACUAGGAGAAGCACAGGUGUGGAUUGAUGCUGGUACCCAGAUUUUCUUCUCCUAUGCCAUCGGACUGGGCGCCCUGACCGCACUGGGCAGCUACAAUCGCUUCCAUAACAACUGUUACCAGGAUGCGUUUGUGCUGGCACUCAUUAACAGCGGAACCAGCUUUUUUGCGGGCUUUGUGGUGUUCUCUGUGUUGGGCUUCAUGGCUGCAGAGCAAGGCGUGGACAUCAGUAAGGUAGCCGAGAGUGGACCCGGCCUGGCCUUUAUAGCCUACCCCAAAGCUGUGACAUUGAUGCCUCUGGCACCACUCUGGGCAGCGCUCUUCUUCUUUAUGUUACUUGUACUUGGCCUGGACAGUCAGUUUGUCGGCGUCGAGGGUUUGAUAACCGGAAUCAUGGACAUGCUUCCUCCCAAGUCCGCCCUGGGCUCCUUGCGACGAGAGGUCGUGGCAGCCAUCUGCUGCAUCAUCUGCUUCUUCAUUGACAUGUCCAUGGUCACAGAGGGAGGGAUGUAUGUGUUCCAGCUGUUUGACUACUACUCUGCCAGUGGCAUCACUCUGCUGUGGCAGGCUUUCUGGGAGUGUGUGGUGAUUGCUUGGGUCUACGGCGCAGACCGUUUCAUGGACGAUGUGGCUCGCAUGAUUGGCUAUCAGCCCCUUCCCUACAUGAAGUGGUGCUGGUCCUACGUCACGCCCCUUGUCUGCGUGGGAGUCUUCCUAUUCCACGUGGUGAACUACAAGCCCCUAACCUAUAACAAUGUGUACACAUACCCAUUGUGGGGUGAAUUGUUUGGCUGGGCAUUAGCCCUUUCCUCCAUGCUUUGUAUCCCACUCACUGUUGUCUACAAGCUGCUGCGCUGCAAAGGAUCACUGCGGGAGCGCUGGCAGCACCUGACCACCCCAGUUUGGGGCCGACAUCACCUGGAGUACCUUGCCCCAGAGAGCGAGGCCAAGCUGCUGCCGCCCGCAGGAUCUAAGAAUGACCAUCUCUUCGAAAGCGUUGUCUAAUAGUCAAAACCCCGUAGAGCUCAAAGUCAAGGUCGUCCCGCCCCCGCCAGCCUCCCCAUCAGUACACUAGUUCACCAAUCACAAAUAACUUACCAUUCCUCAUUGGAGUGUGCACCCUCAAAUAUUAGAACCAUGGCUAAUCCCCACACAAAUGGUCCAAAUAUUAGAUUGGAAAAUAAUACACACCCGUUCCCAGUUAUGACAACUUACUUUUGCCUCUUCUACUCUUCCCUGCUUCUCAACUCUACUCGGCUGACUAGCUCCCCUUUUCUGCUUCUUGUGCCGUUCCUGUCUCGCGCGUGUUCUGUCCCUUGUGGUUGCACUUAGGCGCUUUCUGUCAGGGUUUCAGCAGCUGCAUCCACUUCAAUACAGUCGAAUCACUUUGUGAACAUGAGCUGAAAGUAUUAGUGAAACCUCGUAACUGCUGCUAAAAUGCCAAGAUCUGAGGUGUGUGUGUGUGUGUGUGAGAAGGAGUGUAGAACUUGGCAGCUGUGUCUCCACAAUGCUUUCCACCAACUUUAGUCCCUCAUGAAUUGUACAAAAAUCACUUCCAGUUGUAAAAAAAAAAAAAAAAAAAAGAAAAAAAAAACAGACAAUCCAUUUCCACAUCCAAAUGUGUUAUGAACCUAUGUAUCCAGUGUUUGUGUAGGGUCUGUGAUUCAGUGUUAUCAAUAUUAGGACUGCAUCAUUAUCAGUAUUUCCCCUCGAAGAAAGUUAAAAUACAAAAUAAUAAUAAUCAGGAAAGGUGACAGUACGGAAGGCUAUGAGAGACUCAAUAAAAGAUUCAAAAAUGA